ACAGAUGUCAAUGUCAUUAUAGCCAUUACUGUCUCCGUGAUUGGUGUCAUUGCCCUAAUCCUCCUGGUAGCCUUCCUCUAUUUAAUGCGUAAACGACAGAAACAAACUUCCUAUAGUCAGAGAUGCCGUCCUGUCAGUCUCGAUGAAUAUGCCAUUGAUAAUGGUUCGAUAGGUGGCGGUAGUAUACGUAAAGGUAGUGCAUUCCGCUCCUCGAAACGUACAUAUGGUAAUUUGGCAUUCGAUGAUCCAUCGAUACGUCAUAAUGCUCUGGGUGUUCAUGAUUUGGCAAAAUUCGCAACGGAAAAGUUGAGGAUUUUCGAAGAGUUUCGUGAUGUACCACAGAUAACGGCAAGGGAUGAUGAAGUACCGCCAGGCUGUGAAGAUAAAAAUAGAUAUGCCAAUGUCCUACCACUUCCUGAAACGCGUGUCAUCUUGCAGCGUCUGAACGAUGAUGAAAAAACGGAAUAUAUCAAUGCAAAUUAUGUCAGCGGUCCCAAAGAUUCUCCCAAUUAUUAUAUCGCCUGCCAGGCACCAUUGGAGACCACCGUGGAAGAUUUCUGGCGCAUGAUAUGGGAACAACAAUCCCGCGUAAUCAUUCAAGCAACCGAUCUCAUUGAAAAUGGUGUCGAAAAGUGUGCCGAAUAUUUACCACCCUCGGUGACACUGGACAAUCAUGCCAGUUUUGGUGAUUUCCAGGUGACACUACAAAAUCGUGAAGUCAAAGAUAAAUAUGCCAUUUCAACAAUCGUACUGAAAAAUACAGCUGAAAAUAAUGCAAGCCGGGAGUUGACACAUUAUUGGUAUAAAUGGCCUGAAACGGGAGUUCCCGCAGAAGAGGCACCCAUUAUAGCUAUGCUAUUGGAGGCUCGAUCUUCUCUCAUUAGUUAUGCCAACGAACAGGCUAAUGAAGAAAAAGAAAAGAGUUCUACCUUGAACAAUAGUGCGUCUACGAAUACCUUGAGAUCUGCGGAAGAGGGUACGGCCGGUAAGAAUGGAACAAAUUCGAAUGGUAGCAGUAAUGCUGAAAUAAAUGGUAACAUUUCAAUGGUGCCAAUUAAAAAGACUGCCAGAAAUCAGGGUCCCCUAACUGUCCACUGCUCUCCAGGUACUGGUCGAACGGGUACAAUUAUUGCCUGUGAUAUUGCCAUACGUAGUCUGGAGACACCAAAACGUACCGUCGAUAUACCGCACAUUGUCUACUAUGUUAGGCGAGGUCGGGCCAGUGCUGUGCUAACCAAGGAACAAUACGAAUUUAUCUAUAAAGUGGCCAAUAUGUAUGCGGCGAAAAUCACCAAUCCCAGUAAUUAUAAUUGA